AUGAGACCAUCCUUUCAAGACCCGGGAGUCUCCUCUUCCCAGCAAGAUCAACGCAUUAUUCAACAAAGCUUCCCCUUGCAACAACACAACAUCCCAUCGCAUGGCCAUCAUCAGCUUCCUACCGUCUAUUCUGCAUCUUUACCCACUCCCUCCGGGAGUAUCGUGCCUCGCAAAGGACAACAACCUCACGCAACCCCCGACCAUUCGCGAACCGCGCAAGACGACUAUCGACACCAAUCAAUUGCCCGCAACUACGAAUUGGGAGCUUCCUCGGUCGAAAAGGAACCCUCCUUCGUCGCAGAAGAGCUUCGUACACCUCACACGACAACCAUAACGUCCGUUCCAAUGAGUGGGAAGAAGCGCAGUGCCUCUACAGAGGAGGGUCCUAUAAUGAAAGGCAAGAAACAAUCAAGCGCAGGCCGGUCAAAAAGUCCUGGCAAGUACUCGGAGCAGGUCAAGAAGGGGUUGGCGGCUAGCAGCAGGACAAACCAGGCGUGUGAUCGAUGCAAGGUCCGGAAAACAAAAUGCGAUUCGCUUCCUGGAGGAUGUUCCGAAUGUCUGUCGAAAGGCGAGGAGUGUAUUACCACUGACAAAGUCUCCGGCCGUCCAAUGCACCGCGGAUAUGUUGAGGGUCUGGAGCAUGAAGUUGCAGUUUUGAAAGCACAGUUGAAAGCGCAUGGGAUUCGGGAAGAUGGUCGGUUGACUUCUGUUGACCAAACCAUCAGUCGUCCCACGCCUGAUCGCAAUGGAACGUCAGACUCCCCUCAAACCUCGAACUCUAUCAGUCCUUCGCAGACAUUACCACACGAAAGCCCGUCCUGUGAAGUGGAACGCACACCAGACAAUUACUUGGGAGUUGCCUUAGCAAGCUCUCGGCUCAGCUCCAUCAAUGGCACAGCGCUGUCCAUUCUGGGUAUGAAGAUAGACAUUGCUGAUUUCGAGUCGCUUGACAUGGAUGAGCCAAGUUCGUCCGGAUUCAACCCAAGAUUAUACAACAAAUCAUAUCAGUCGUUCCUCCAGACAGCUCUCAACGUCAACGAGAACAUGGAAGAACCCCCUCUGCCACUUAGAGAUGAAGCCUUUAUCAGAAUCGAAUGGUACUUCCGAAUGAUCAACCCUUACAUACCCUUUCUCCACAAACCGACUUUCGUGGCCUUGUUAAACCGUCGGUUUGACGACCCAAACUUCAAACCUCGAGUGGCUGAAAAUGUCAUGAUGCAUAUGGCAUUCGCUAUUAUGUACUUUCAAGAAGCGUGCCGAAACAGAACGGACGAUGGCAUCUUUGAGAAGCGACAACAAGAUCUAUCCAAUCAACAUUACCAUUAUUCGCUCAGUCAGUAUUACCACCUGUCUUGUAGCCACGGAGUCCAAGAUAUACAAGCAUUGACAAUGAUCUGUUCUCACCUGAGAAACUUCCCGAAGCCUGGAGCCAGCUGGAUUUUAACGCAGCACACCCUCUCACGUGCAUUGGAAUUCAAUUUGCACCGGUCUGCGAAAAGCUGUACAUUCGAGGAACCCUUGACGACUUUGGAUAUCGAGAUGAGGAAGCGUAUCUUUUGGUCCCUAUUGACCAUCCACGUUACCCUAAGUGGGAAGCUUGGACGGCCAAUGUCGCUCCGCAUGGAAGAUUAUGAUAUUGAAAUCCCCGACCCGAUUAGCGACGAACAGCUCAUUCAGGACGGUACCAACGGAUUGUCGCAGGCAAAAUGCCUGCACAAGGUGGGCAUCCAUGCUUUUCAGAUUGUCCCUCUGUAUAUGGAGCUAUACAGUACAAUUUACGCCGUUCGUCGUCGACCCGACAAGUACGUCCUCACCGUCAAUGCACUAGAGGCAAAAAUACAAGCAUGGGAAGAUGCGCUAUCGCCUGAAUUAGUCAACGGGAAGGAGCAGGAAGAUCGAGUAUUUACAUUGUACUCGCAGGUCUGGGCAGAUGAAUUUCGUUUGCUUCUUCGUCAUCCGUCAAUGUCAAUGACCAAUGACGAGACCUUCAAUGCGGAAAGCCUAAAAACUUGUGCCAAGUCCGCGCGGAAGAUGCUGGGAGCCGUGAAGAAAUUAAAGAAAUACAAUUGCCUUGACACGACCUGGUAUAACACUGCCGUUUAUGUCAUGGCUUUAACAACUACUCUUUUCGUUGAAUAUGAAAGACGAGAUACAAUCUCUCGUCUGGAGGUCGAAUCUCUGAAGGCAGACAUGGGGGCUUGGCUGGAGAUCUUGGGUAGUGUUGGGCAGCUGCUAGGUUCGGGUUUCCGGCUUCGUGACGCCGUGAGGGAAGUGAUAAUGGGGCCUUUGACCAAGCUGGACCUGAGUUUAGCAGGCCGGGAUGCAUCUAGAAACAGGCCGCUGAAUGACUUCAAUUCUAUGCCUGCCCGGUCGGAGUCCACUUCUAGAAUCUCCUUGGAUAGUGGAUCUGUCAAUGCCAUCAACACCAAGACCAUUGACUAUUCCCACCAAAGCACCCCUCAAUUCGAAACAACCAGCAGCACUUCGGCUGGAUAUGCGCCGUUGACUGUACCAUUACAACAGCACCAAGAUCCAUAUCCGCAAUCAACUCAAUAUCAACCAUACACAGAGGCUUCUGGAACCUUGCCACACUCGUCAUAUCCUCCGCAAAGUAACCACAAUUUCAUAUCUAAUACCAAAGUCGAGGAUGCCUCUGACUUGGUACGAUUCGCUCGCCAGGCCAAUCAAGCCGCUGCGCAGACGCCUCUAAUGGCCCAUGAUGCUUUUCAGCGGCGAGAUAAUAUUGCUCACUACGCUGGACCACAAGCAUGGAGUGUCUAUACUGCGGAAGCUGUCGAUAAUUUUGGAAUGAGCGAGCCGUUCUCUGUCAAUAGCCUUGUCCAGCUCGGGCCCAAUGACAUGAACACUGGUGGGAUGGGAAUCAUCCAUCAGAAUAUGCAUACACCAACGUCCGGUCCCAUGGAUCAUGGUCAAUUUACUGGAGAUCUGUCAUCAAUUUCAUCUUGGCCGCAGGCGGUCUUUAACAUGCUCCCAAAUCAAAAUUAA